CGCUCUUGAAAACGCAGGACUUUUUCGAAAAUGAAUAGCCUUUGCUUCCCUUGAGCGCCGAGACUUUUUACAUUCGUUUCGAUGGGAUCUCCACUUGUGUAUCAGCAGUUACGACUAUGAGAAUCGGUGUUCGGCUCAUCAUUGCCGCAGUUCUUCUCAUCGCGAUUGGGACUGUCUGGCAUAUUAGACUGUAUGAUCUCUGGGAUCAGAAUCGAGUACCGGACUACAUCGCCAGCUCUUUCCAUCCUUACAAUGACCACGCUACCCUGAAGCAGUCGCCUAUGGCGCCGCAAGACAAGGUCGUUGUCAUGACCAUUGUCGGGAACGAAAAUGUUGACUGGGUCAAAGAGAGACUUAUUGGCUGGCAAGCAGCCAUAUACGAUCUCAAUAAUGCCACUGCGGUCCUCAAAACACCGGCGAAUAAAGGCCACGAGGCGAUGGCGUAUUUGACCUACGUUAUUGACCAUUAUGACUCUCUCCCGUCCACUAUCGCCUUCAUGCACCCGCACCUCGACGGCUUUUUCAAGGCUUGGCAUGUGGACACGCCGCACCAUGACAAUGCGGAGUCCUUGAACAAUCUCCAGAUAGACUUCAUCCAACGCAAUGGCUACGCCAAUCUGCGCUGUAAUUGGAAUCCGGGUUGUCUCCAAAAACACAGAUACAAUAAGCACGUCACGCCAGAUCUUUGGGCAACUCUGUUCGGUGGUGAAAGACCACCAGAAGUAGCUUCGGCUUGCUGCGCUCAAUUUGCAGUGUCGCGAGAUCAAGUCCACAAGCGGCCUCGGGAGGAUUAUAUCAAAUACCGCCAGUGGGUGCUGGACACUCCAUUGAAGGAUUAUGAAAGUGGACGGGUCAUGGAAUAUUCAUGGCAUGUCAUUUUCGGAAUGGACCCCGUGUAGUAAGUGCCUUUGCUGCUGAUGUUUGACUAUCUCCGGCUAAUAUCCUCCAUCAGUUGCCCGGACGAAAAGAAGUGCUAUUGCGAUGUCUAUGGACAAUGUUAAUCACCUCAAUUAGCCUAGCGGUGCUGUUCAUUUACCACUC